UAAAAAUGUCAGGUUUAAAACUACGGUGGAAAUCAGACUUUGACAAGCAAUGAAUCAUCCAUAACUUCGAGAAGAGAGGCUGGACACGAUGCACAAAUGAUGAUGACUGGCAUAUUUACUGGGCAAAUGUGUGGAACGUCAAACAGAUCUUCAACCCUGACACUGGCCAUAGGCUAGGAGAGACCCAGUUGCUUAAUCAUUUCCCCAAUCAUUAUGAACUUACGAGAAAAGAUUUGAUGGUGAAGAACAUCAAACGUUUCAAAAAGGAUAUGGAGAAAGAGAACAAUCCAAUCGCUGCUAAGGAUAAAGAUGGAAAUUACCUCUAUCUUGACAUCAUUCCUACAACCUAUAUACUCCCAGGUGAUUAUACUCUUUUCGUAGAAGAAUUUAGGAAAAACAAGAGUGCAAUGUGGAUCAUGAAACCCUGUGGAAGAGCGCAAGGAAAAGGAAUCUUUUUAGUCAAUAAACUCAACCAGCUGAAGAAAUGGGCAACAUGCUCAAAGCUGCCAUUCCAGACCUUGUCUUUGAAGGAAUCUUAUGUCAUCUCGAGAUACAUCGAGAAUCCACUUCUGAUUGGGGGUAGGAAAUUCGACCUGAGGCUUUACGUUCUCGUUACAAGUUACAGACCUUUAAAGAUAUGGUGGUAUAAUACAGGAUUCGCAAGGUUCUGUAAUGAGAAAUAUACGGCAGAUAUUGCUGAGCUUGACAACAUGACCAUUCAUCUUACAAAUGUGGCUAUUCAGAAACAAUCAGAUGAAUAUAACGAUAAGCAUGGAGGAAAAUGGAGUACGAAUAACUUGAGAUUUUAUCUUGAAAUGACUCAUGGUAAAGGCCCCACAGACAAAUGCUUUGAUGACAUCUUUAACAUAGUAACAGUAUCACUAAAGAGCGUUACCAGUGUAAUGAUCAACGACAAGCAUUGCUUUGAAUGCUAUGGAUAUGAUGUUCUAAUCGAUGACAAUCUGAGACCAACACUAAUCGAGGUGAACGCUUCACCCUCUCUGACCUCAACUUCCGAAGGAGAUAGAGUUUUAAAGAUGGGUCUUCUUAAUGAUGCGUUCAAUAUAAUAGUCCCUCCAGACUGGCUUGAUGAUUCAAGCAAGCAUGGAUCCAAUACUUGUAGAGAGAAAACCGUUGGAGGAUUUUCCCUGCUACUUGAUGAAGGUGCAGGAGAAGAUAGAUCAAAGAAGAAUAGUAAAAAGACUCCAGGAACUGCUCUAUGGAGAUAGAUUAAAUGCCAUAAUUCUUCUUCAAUGAAGUUCAAAAUUUUAGGG